CUCAAUUCGGUGUGAGAUUUUCUUCUUUUUCUAUGUUUCUCUUUGUCUUUUUAAGUCUCUCUCUCUCUCUCUCUCUCCAUCUCUGAGUCGCUUCAGCUUUACAAUAAUGUCAUAGCUAGCAAGUUAGCAACCUUUCAACUAUUUCUUCUUCCUCAGUCUUUUGGUGUAAAUAUCAUUCCAGGGCCUCCACCAAUGUUUCAUUUUUCUUCUUUUCCUUUAAGCGUUGAUGGGGGAAGAUGUUCUUAAGCAGUGCUUGAACUAAUAGUAGCUAGCUGUAAAUUUGAGCUUCCAAGUGUGUUUCUUUGUAGUUGCUGAAGCUUUUUUCUUUCUGCUGGAGACUGGUCUCUGCUGGAUUUUUGCUGACUCUUCAGCUUGAAAGAGCAGCUGGGUUUUCUUAAUUCGUCGAAAUAAAGUGUCUUUGCCUUUUAUAUGUAAAGACUGCAUUAGUUUACAUUGCUAUUUAUAAGUGAAUAAAUAUUGAUUCCGCAAACAUGACCUUAGCUUGGAAGAUACCAGAGUCAUUCUGAAGUGUAAAGACAUGCCGUCCACCUGCAUUCAGCUGAAAUGAAGACCUCACAGAGCACUCAAGAAAUCCAAUCAUCAAGUCAAGUUAUACAUGAUUCACAAGGUGAAGUCAAAAACCAAACUGCCGAGGCUCCUGCAACAGAUUCAGCUUCUGUAUCCACUUCAGGCAAUGACAGUAAGAAAGUAUCACGUCAAGAUAUCGAACUUGUCCAGAAUCUAAUAGAGCGGUGUUUACAAUUAUAUAUGAAUAGAGAUGAGGUAGUUAAAACCCUCUUGACUCGCGCAAGGAUAGAUCCUGGAUUUACAACUUUGGUAUGGCAGAAGUUGGAAGAAGAAAAUGCAGACUUUUUCAGGGCUUAUUACAUAAGGCUAAAACUGAAAAAACAAAUCAUCCUGUUCAAUCAUUUACUGGAGCAUCAUUACCAUCUCUCAAAGUAUAAUCCCAUGUCUCCAAAGGUUCCUUUGGCCCCUAUACAAAAUGGGAUUCAUCCAAUGCCUGUUAACAACUUACCAAUGGGAUACCCUGUCCUUCAGCAACCUCCAAUGCCAGCAGCAGGUCAACCCCAUCUUGAUUCCAUGGGCUGUGGAAUAUCUAAUUGUCAUGUAGUUAAUGGAGUACCUGCACCUAGCAACUUUCAUCCCAUGCGGAUGAAUUCUGGGAAUGAUAUGAUGAUGGAUUGCAGCGGUGCUGAUGUGGUUCCUGUCAUUCCACCAAACAGUGCCAUGUCAUCGAUGUCAGAGAUUCCUGUAAGUCCUACAUCAGUUGCAUCCAGUGGUCACUUCCCAUUCACCGCGUCAGACAUAUCAGGAAUCGGAGUAGACACAUCAACACUUGAUACAACAUUUACAUCUGAUGUGGCAAGUUCUGUUGGGUUGCAACUUGCACCGGAUGGCGGGGCUGGAAAUUCUCGGGAUUCUCUGAGAUCACUGGACCAGAUUCAGUGGAAUUUCAGCCUAUCAGAUCUUACAGCAGAUUUGUCAAACUUGGGAGAUUUAGGAGCCUUAGGAAACUAUCCUGGUUCCCCCUUUCUGCCGUCUGAUUCGGAAAUUUUACUUGACUCUCCAGAGCAAGAGGGUAUAGUGGAGGAGUUCUUUGUUGAUUCUGUCCCCGGGCCACCGUGCUCCCAAUCAGACGAGGAGAAACCCUAGACAAAGGUGAGGAAAGUCCCUUUUCACUUUAAUUGUUAGGGAAUGACAAUCAAUCAGUUAGAAUUUGUUAUAUCUAUUUACUAGGCAUUUCAGGGUCUUGUUAUCAACAGCUGAAUCUUUCUGGAUAGCUAGUUUGAUCUGUAUUAGAAUACAGAUAGGAAAGUUGUUACAUCACUAGCAUUUGUAAUUUUCUUUUCCCUGAAAAGUAUCUGAGAACAUUGAGGACCAUAAUUGGCUUCUUGUCAUGUAUUUGGAUAAAUUGGCAUCUAUUUGCAGCCAUAAUAAUCUGAUUGAAUGUUACAUUGAA